CUCCAACAAUUUAUUCAUCAUCUGCUCCCUGAUCCCUUGGAUUCUCUUUAAAUAUAAUCCUACAACUUCUCUUUCUUUCCCGACAACCCAAAUUCAUGACCUCCUUUACUGACCUUCUCGCCGGCAACGGCAACAUGGACAGUAAUAACCAAGACAGAACUACUCACAGCUGGGGAUAUUCCGACCAGAAAUCCGAUCGAAUUGGCGUUGAACUGCCAAAAUUCAAGUCACUUCAACCGCCUUCAUUACCCUUCUCUCCUGCUCCGGUUUCCCCUUCUUCUUAUUUCGCUAUCUCACCUGGUUUUAGCCCAACUGAUUUCUUCAACUCACCUUUGUUUCCCUCCCAUUUCAGUAAUCUUGCAUCUCCAACUACAGGGGCUUUUGCUGGUGAAGCAUUCAAAAGGAUGAGUAAUUCUGCAGAAAACCAGAUCGGGGUGAAGGGGGAAGAGAAAUUUACUUCUGAUUUCUCCUUCCAGCCUCAAACAAAGCUUGCAGCCGUAUCAUCAACCGCCUUUCAAUCUUCUUCAAUCAUGGUCUCGGCGGAAGAAUCGUUUAAAAGACAACAAGAAGCAUGGGAUUUCAAUAAACCAACCGACCAAACUGAAUUUUCAAUGGAGAAGGUGGAAGUAAAAUCAGAGUUUCCACCAAUAAAGAGCUUCACUUCAGAAAUGGGCACAAGUCAUGCAAAAAUGCAGAGCAAUACUGCUUCUUUAUCCGGCCACAAUCAAUACAGUCAACCAGCUCCAUAUAGUAGAGAACAGAGAAGAACAGAUGAUGGUUACAAUUGGAGAAAAUAUGGACAAAAACAAGUGAAGGGAAGUGAAAAUCCGCGAAGCUAUUACAAGUGCUCGUACAGAAAUUGCCCAAUGAAGAAGAAAGUUGAGAGAUCUUUGGAAGGAGAGAUUACUGAAAUAGUAUAUAAAGGAAAUCAUAAUCAUCCCAAGCCUGAUCAGUCUAAUAGACGAUCAAAUUCUCAAUCAUUUCACAAUUCUUCAUGCACCAGUUCUGGGAUUUCUGAUCAGUCAGGUGUAACACUUGGCAAUACACAAAUGGAUUACUCUGCCACAAUGCAGGAAGAUUCUUCAGCCUCAAUUGGAGAGGAAGAGUUUGAUCAAAUGAGUAAAUCCGGAGGAGACGACGAUGAAAACGAGUCUGAGGCCAAAAGAUGGAAGGGUGGAAAUGAAAACGAGGGGUUUUCAGCUUCUGCAAGUAGGACUGUGAGGGAGCCUAGAGUUGUAGUUCAGACAACUAGUGAAAUUGAUAUUCUUGAUGAUGGGUAUAGAUGGAGAAAAUAUGGUCAGAAAGUAGUGAAGGGAAAUCCAAAUGCAAGGAGCUACUACAAAUGUACAACGAUAGGCUGUCCGGUGAGGAAACAUGUCGAGCGAGCAGCCCACGACAUGAGGGCUGUGAUCACCACUUACGAGGGGAAACACAACCACGAUGUUCCGGCAGCUCGCGGCAGUGGCGGCUAUGCUGCGAGUAAGCCACAAUCCAAUAACGGUAACGGCAACGUUAACAUACCCCAACUAAUAAGGCCCUCAGCCAUGGGCACCCAUCCUAACCUGGCGAGCUACUCAGAUUCUUUUCAAAAUACAAGGUUAACAACAACAGCAGCAAGUCAAGCACCAUAUACCCUACAAAUGUUGCAGAACCCAGCUGGGGGCGCAGGAUUUUCAGGGUACAGGAACCAAAAUCACUCCUACAUGGAUCAAACACAAAUCUCAGAGGGUGUGUUCUCCAUGGCCAAGGAAGAACCAAACACAUUCCUUGACUCAUUUCUGUCUGGGGAUUACUAACAACGGAAUACAGAGGAAGCAGACCGACUAAUUACAUGUGUUUUUUAUAUGUAGUUUCAUAGCAUAAGCUGUGUAAAAUUAGGGACUUGAAUAAGUGUAGGAAUUAGUUGCAUUUGUUUUUUCUUUAUACAAUUUGAAGCCAUGUCAAGCUUUAGGAAAUAUAUUUCAUUUCGAUUCAAUUUUUAAUAAAACAAGAACAGAGAAAACAAGGUGAAUGUUGAAUGGUCA